CUUCAAAUUUUCGAUGUUUUAAUUUUUUUUAUUUUGAAUUAUCUAAUUUAUUUUUUAUCCCGCGUUUUGGGAACCUCAAAAUUCACAGUAAAUUGAAGCCAUGAAUCACAUCGCCAUGCAAAUUUCCUCAUUGUGUGCCAAAAUUUUGCAACCACAUCAAAAUUUUGUUCAACACAUUGUCAGGUACUCAAAUAAAAUCCGUGAAGCGGGAAAAGCCAAGGAAAAUGUUCACUUUUUAAAACAGCGAGCGCAACUGAAGGAGUUACAAAAAAAGAUAGCUCUCAAAAAAGAUGAAAUUAAAAAGAAAAUAAAUAACCUGGAUUCACAAAUUGAAGAAAUUAAAAAGAAGAAUAGACGGGAGAAGAAAAAAGAAGAAGAUCAAAAUUAAUAUAUUAAAUAUGAGUUUAUCAUUUUUUUAAAAAUAAAACCCAAAGUAUGGGUCUUUAAAUAUUGUUUUGAAAUUAUAAAA